AUGAUUGUAGACAUCCUAUCAAACGGCUUCAACAUUUCUUCAUUUUCAAAUAUAGAAGAAAUCACAUUAUUAGUCCCAGAAGACUUUAUCAUCACAGACAAUAUUCGCUCUGUCUUCAAGACUUCAUCUAACUUUGAUGAGUGUCUGGACAGCCAGAAAAGUUACUUCAGAGUCUCCAGUGAGUUCCAAAGAGGAGUUCUCAUUGGUCGCGCUAUCUCUCUGAAGCCAGAUCUCAUUAUUUGUACCUCUCGCCCUGAAAUUUUUAAAAAGUAUCUUCCAAAGAUACACUUUCAAAAUUAUGAAGAAAUUCAAAAAAAUUCAAGCAAAGACGCGGGAUCUCAAGAAGAAGUCUUGAAAAGUAUCGAGUCUAAGCUUAGCAGCCAGCUGAAACAGGUUGACUAUAAAACACCGUUGGAAAAGCUAUACCAAGAAGUCUUAAAUAAAUUUGUGGAAACUUUUUUCCAAGGCAAUGGAAUUCCAGCUGGAAAAGUGAAAUCAUUGAAAUCAUACAUAAAAAUGGCGUGGCGAACCAACCCGCCCUUUAGCACCUGCAACAAGAGGGAGUCUAGUCUGGAGACCUUGGGGAAGGGCGGUAUGUGUAUCUGGUCAGUUUUUACUUGGUCUGGUGGAGUGCAAUGUCGGGCUAGCCAACAUCAAGCUUACAUCAAGGCAAGGUUUUACCCCGACGAGGAUGGAUGGAAAAAGGGACAGUCAAACAAGGCCAAGACGUCUACGGGCAUUUCCUAGCGUGAUGCCGGGAGUUGCACCCUAAAGCUACAAGUUUCAUCUGGGCCGACAACCUGACAAGAAAAUUCGCUUUCAGAUUUUUCGAAUAAAGUCUCUACCUUCAGGCAGCAAGUGCAAAACCUUGUCCGGAGGGAGCAAUACAAGCCUUAAGCUGCGGAAUCAGACUGGCGAGCUAAGGAGGUGGUAGAAGCAAAUAACGUGAAAAGUUUUUUUUUAAGAUUGCGAGAGCUUCUCUAUAAUAAUUUAAUAAUGAAUAAUAAAAUCAUUGAAAUCCCAAAUCAGAAAUUUAGCUGAAGGCGCUGUUAUAUCAGCUCGGAAAAAGUCUCAGAACAAAGACCAAAUUCCUACUUCCUUUGAAAUUUCAGAAAUUAUAUAUGAGGAUUUUGUUAAAUAUGGCAUAGUCGAAGACCAAGGAGUCCAAGUCUAUUAUAAUAGAGACGAGAUUGACGCAUAUUUUGGAGAACAAAAAUAUAAAACAUUUACUCCAGCUUGCAAAGCAUCGCUAAAUUUAGAAGAUAAAGAAAAUGUUGAGAUCCCACCAAAGAGAUUCACAUUUGAAACAGUCCAGAAGUGCAUUUCAGCAAUUAUUCCUGAAUUAGAUAUGCAAAAUCCAAAAGAGCUGGGAGAAGUCGUAAAUAUUAUUCUGGAUUUUGUGGCUUCAAACUCAAAAAUUGCUGAGCCUGACCGCCAACAAGCAUUUUUAGCAAUUUUUAAAUUUUUAUAUCAUGCAGAAGUGAUAACUUUCAAAGAGGAUAUUCCUUUGGAUUUGAUUUUGCAUGACACUAAAAGCUACUUAAAUAUCGAAGUAGAUAUCAAGUGCUCUAUUUAA